AUGGUACCUGUUGCUGCCUCGCCUAGCGGCUCAGUAUUGAGAGAACUGCACAGCCACUUGAAUAUUACAGAAAGUUUUUGGAGAAAAGAUGUUCGGCCGGAUGGACGAGAGUUGGGUGAAGUCAGACACACCAUUCUUAAUGUGGGUUCCAUUGGAACGGCAGAGGGUUCAGCUCUGGUGAAGCUAGGAAACACAACAGUCCUAUGCGGAGUGAAGGCGGAGCUUACCAAUCCCAAAGCUGAGGAACCAAAGUUGGGAUUCAUAGUUCCCAAUGUAGAGUUGUCCCCCCUGUGUGCUGCCACAUUCAGACCAGGCCCACCUUCUGAGCAGGCACAGGUCAUGAGUCAGUUUGUGAAUGAUGUCAUCGUUAACUCAAAAUGUGUUGACAGAGAAGACCUGCUCAUUGCAGAGGGAAAGCUGGUUUGGGUACUGUACUGUGACAUGCUGUGCCUAGAUUAUGAUGGAAACAUCUCUGAUGCCUGUCUCCUGGCUUUAGUUGCUGCCCUCAAAAAUACUGAGUUGCCAUUGGUUACGGUUGAUGAAGAAACAGAUCAGAUCAUGACAGAUGCACAUAAAAAGAUGAAACUUCGUGUCCAUUCAUGUCCAGUGUCCACAACAUUUUCCAUUUUUGAAGAUCAGAUUGUGAUUGCAGAUCCAACAAAUGAAGAGGAGAGUUUGACCUAUGGAGUGCUCAGUAUAGUCACCGUGGGAAACAAACUGUGUGCUGUCCAUAAACCAGGUGGCCAUCCACUCCCAGAGGACAAAAUAGAGCAGUGCAUUGACCGAGCCUUCCUCAGGUGUCAAGAGAUAAGUCAGCUAAUAGAGGACACAGUCACCAGUGUGAAAAGGUGACCUUCCGUCUUUGACUUGCGUACAUGUAAAAGUGACCUUCCCUAGCUAACUGUCAUCAGCCUAAAGAGGUGACCUUCCUUCAGUGACUUGUGUACAUUUACAGGUGACCUUCCCCAGCUAGCUCACUCACCAGCAUAAAGAGGUGACCUUCCCUCAGUCACCAGCAUAAAGAGGCACCUUCCGUCAGUGACUUGAGUACAUUUACAAGUGACCCUCCUUAGCCAGCUCAGUUACCAGUGUAAAGAGGUUACCUUCCCUCAGUUACUAGUGUAAAUGAGACUGUGUAAAAAGAUGAGGUUCCAUCAUUACCAGUGUACAAAUGUGAAUUUCAAAUGGGUGACCUUUUCAUCUGUGACCGGUGUAAAAUGAGCUCCCAUCAGUCACCAGUGUAAAACCUGUAGAAAAAGCCAUUUUCCCUCAGUCACCAGGGUAACUGGGUGAAUAGAGGCAACCUUCCAACAGGCAGCAACUUUAUACAGAGGUGACCUUUGAUCAGUAACCAGUUUAUAGAGGUAACCCUCCAUCAGUCAACAUAUUGUACAGAGGUGACCUUUUCAUCAGUGACCAGUUUAUAGAGGCAACCUUCCAUCAGUC